UACAUUUUAAGUGUGCAGAAAAGCAGGUCGGAACUAAAGUCGCGCUUCAAAAAAAAUCGCGACGGGAUAUUUUGACAGUGACACAAGACGUCAUUGAUUCGGAGCAGUCCUCUCAUAUCGACCAGCAGAGCUCGGUAAGUUGUAAUGGCAGGGGGAGGGUCAGCAGGAGUUGACCUCAGCAGGAAGUUUGUGACGGAAGCUGAGCUUGAUGAGCAGAGGAAGAAGAGGCAGGAGGAAUGGGAGAAGGUCAGGAAGCCCGACGACCCAGAGCAGGCCCCAGAGGAGGAGUAUGACCCACGCUCCCUCUUUGAGCGCCUGCAGGAGCAGAAGGACAAGAAACAAGAGGACUAUGAGGAGCAGUUCAAAUUCAGGAACAUGGUGAGAGGAUUGGACGAGGAUGAGAGUAGCUUCCUGGACGAGGUCUCCCGGCAACAGUGCCUGGUGGAGAAGCAACGCAGGGAUGAGGAGAAGCAGGAACUGUUGGAAUACAGAAGCGCUCUAGUGAAGAAAGCAUCCACCGAAAGCCGCAAAGAGCCUGAAAAGAAGGCAGCACCUAAACAUUCAGGGGCAGAACAAAGGACCAGCCUCCUAUCUCAGGCUCAUUUAUUGGCUGGAGCUGUCAAGAGACGCAGUUCCUCCCAGUCAUCAGACAGCAGUAAGAAACAGAAAGUGGAAAUCACGACGACAGCAACAGCAACGACAGGAAAUGGAGAGAGACACACAGAACAGGAGGAUGGGGCAGGAGGAGUAGCAGGGGGAGCUGAAGCUCAACAAACAGUCCCCGGCCUGACGGCAAAGUCCCCCUCGGCUCCCCUGAGCUCCGGUCAAGGCGUGUUACACCUCCCGUCCGCAGCCGUGUGCGUAGGCGUUUUACCGGGACUCUGGAUUUAUUCCGGCAGCAGCGACUCUGACAGCAGCUCGGACAGCGAAGGUAGCGUGGACGCAAUCAUGUUGCCGUACCCCCGGCACAGCAGGGCCUACAGAUAGACACCAGCAUACACACGCACGCACACACACACACACACACACACACAACCUGACGUAUGUGGGCAUGCCUUCAGAAUGGCUUGCAAAAAGUCAGAACAGGUAACCUCACACAGGAUAUGCACACACAGAGACACAUUAAAGGUCAUACAUUCAUACACACACAAACUGAUAUAGAGAUACACUGCCUGUGGGCCACACAAGUUCACAUUAUGUUAGAGUCAAACACUGGCAACACAAACACACACACACACACGUAGCAAACUUUUUCAGUAUUCCUGUUGUUUUCACAGCUGUGAGUUGAACUGUUGCUCUUUGUCGUCAGACAAAGUUCAGCCUGUUAAUAUAAUCCUAAUAAUCAGUAACACCAAUCUAAACUCUAUUCUGAGCAAAAUCUGUGUAUCUAUUUGUGGUUUUUGCUAUUGUGGCACUCAAACAUGACACCUCCACCCUUCCUUCCCUCAAUCACGUCUCACGCAGUUUAAGCCGAGCAACCAAUCCCGCACUGCCUACCCCGACGACAUCCUGCCCCCCCCACACCCCCCCUCCCAACCCAAGCCACAGCGACUGCAAGCUGUGCUGUUGGCUGAGGGAACAGUGAUUGACAGCUGUGGAGCAAGGAAGAGACUGCUUUUAAACUGUGUCACAUGACUCACACCUUUUAGCUAUCAGCAGCAGAGGAGAGAGAGCCGGGGCAGGACACGCUUCUCUCUCUCUAUCUCACUCUCUCU